AUGGCCUCCCGAGUCACCUACCGCCGUCGCAACCCAUACAACACGUCGUCCAACCGGACGCGUCUGAUCAAGACCCCCGGUGGCGAGCUCCGUGUCCUUCACAUCAAGAAGAAGGGUACCGCCCCGAAAUGCGGUGACUGCGGCAUCAAGCUGCCGGGCGUCCCUGCCCUCCGCCCCCGCGAGUACGCCCAGAUCUCCAAGCCCAAGAAGACGGUCCAGCGCGCGUACGGUGGCUCAAGAUGCGGCAACUGCGUGCGGGACCGCAUCGUUAGGGCCUUCCUGAUCGAGGAGCAGAAGAUCGUCAAGAAGGUUCUGAAGGAGCAGACCCAGAGCGAGAAGAAGAAAUAA